AUGGAGCUCACGGAACCUGAAAGUACAUGUAAGUCUAGUACUGUACAACCAAUGGAGCUCAAGGAACCUGAAAGUACAUGUAAGUUUAGUACUAUACAACCAAUGGAGCUCAAGAAACCUGAAAGUACAUGCAUGUUUAGUACUGUACAACCAAUGGAGCUCAAGGAACCUGAAAGUACAUGUAAGUCUAGUACUGUACAACCAAUGGAGCUCAAGGAACCUGAAAGUACAUGUAAUUUUAGUACUGUACAACCAAUGGAGCUCAAGGAUCCUGAAAGUACAUGUAAUUUUAGUACUGUACAACCAAUGGAGCUCAAGGAUCCUGAAAGUAAAUGUAAGUUUAGUACUGCACAACCAAUGGAGCUCAAGGAUCCUGAAAGUACAUGUAAGUUUAGUACUGUACAACCAAUGGAGNUUGAUACAAGUACACUUUGGUCUACAUAUUGUUGUACAGGUUCGGAUCAAUUUCUUCUGCAGACUUCAACAAAAAAACAGGAGGAACAAACUUCUAAUAAGAAGGAGGAACAAACUUCUAAUAAGAAGGAGGAACAAACUUCUAAUAAGAAGAAUACCUGGACCCAACAGGACACGAAGGUUCUAAAAGGAAAGGAUAAUAUGGCGGCUGUAAAAUCCAGGAAAGAAGAAACCAAACCAAACCAUAGAAACAGACUCAAGGAUUCAGGAUGGACAGUAUCUCCUGAUCUUCUUAAUUCUUUUCAUAAGAUGAACUGGAAACCAAAUAUUUCUUUACACAACAUUUCAACUGAAACACAAAGAAAUGGGUCGAAGAUACUUUUUGGUCAAGUUGCGGAGAGAAACCAGUUUCCUUUUCUUGGUGCAGUACAGUGGGACGGAGAGUUCUUGUGCCCAGGAUCAAUCCUGUCUUCCCAUCAUGUACUAACAUCUGCUUCAUGUACUGUACUACCUCAACACUUCUCCUACAUGUACAGACUUGGUUUUGUCGCUGGAGAGUAUAAUAUCAAAGUAAAAGAGAACUCAGAGCAAAGAGUGCAAAUUAAAAGUAUUGUUCCCCAUCCUGGGUUCCAAACUACCUGUUCUGGGUUUAUCAAUGAUAUUUCUAUUCUAAUUCUGGAUAAACCUCUCCUAUUCACGGAAAGUGUUUCGAAAAUUUGCCUUGCAUCUCCUACUCGUCCCUGGGAACUAUCGUCUUCUCCUUCUUCUUCUUCUUCUUCUUCUUCUUCUUUAUCUUCGACUACCCUGGUAUCAUGGGGAAAUACACAGUUCGGAUCUGCGGUAGUUCCACACUAUGCUACCUUUCCUAUACUACCUAGGUAUAGUUAAUAGAUUGCUCUUUCACAAAUUUGUUUGUUCGUGGCUGGAAACUUCUUAUAUUGGAUGCCCUUAAAGGGACUGUAAGUGUAAUUUCAAGUGACCCUCCAUGCAAAGAGGGCUAUGCACGAUUUACAACGAUACCUUUAAACCUUUUGUGUGUAUAUCUCUGUACACGACAAACACACAAAGGUUUUAAGGGAACUGUUGUAUGGUGUAAUCUUUGUAAUUUGUGUAAUCUGUUUAAUCUGUGUAAUCUGUGUGAUCUGUGUAAUCUGUUUAAUUUAUACAAUCUGUGUAAUCUGUGCAUUUUUUGUAAUCUGUGUACUCUGUGUAAUUUAUAUAAUUUGUGAAAUCUGUGUAAUCUGCUUAAACUGUGUAAUCUGUAUAAUCUGUAUGAGUUAUAUAAUGUGUGUAAUUUGCGUAAUCUGUG